CUAUCAUCACCAACAACACAUAUAAAAAGUCCACACUCACUCUCUUCAUUUCCUUUUUAUAUUCUUCUUCUUCUCUCUACCUCCUCGUUAGGGUUUCUCCAAAAUAAAAAUCCCUAAUUUUUGCUCUUAAUUCUUAAAUUCUAUCGCUUUUUCCAAAAUUAAUCGAACUCUCUACCUGUUGAUUGUUAUAUCUUUAAUUCUCCGUCCUUUGAUUUCGAUUACGAGUUUGAAUUUUAAUUUCGAGGGUUUGAUGUAUCGGAGAAUUGUUAAUUUCCGAUCUGGUGCCGCGUGAUCGCGGACAGACGGAUUGAAAACAAUCGGGGCAGUUUAGAUAUUGUAUGGAAACUCGGAGCCGGAAGCGGGCGGAGGCCUCCUCGAAAACCACUUCCUCCGGUCCCACCACUCGCUCUCAGAAACGCUCCCGUCUUUCUUCCUCAUCCAACGCCGCCGCAACUACUGCUUUCUCUUCCGGUACACGCACUCGAGCUAACUGCUCCGCCGCCGCACCUCAAAUGGACCCCACCACACCGAUUGAGUCAUCGUCGUCUCGCUCCCGUCGGAACAAAAAUGUUACUGAGUCAUCUUCGUCUGAUAAAGGCAAGGAAAAAGAACACGAGGUUAGGAUUCGAGAUAAUAGCAGUAAUAGGGAAAAUAGUAAUAAUAAUAAUAAUAGCAGCUUAGCGUUAAAUAUGGAUUCUGGGAAUAAUAAUAAUAGUAAUAAUAACAACGCUCAUGAUGAGGAUGAUAAUGAUAGCGAAGGGGGUGGGAUGAGUGCUUUCCCCCACAAUUUAUCUUCAGCUAACAUUGCUCUUCAAGGCUUAUUGCGUAAGCUUGGCGCCGGACUUGAUGAUCUAUUGCCGUCUGGAAUGCCGUCUGCUUCGUCUUCGCAGCUGUCCGGGAAGUUCAAAAAGAUUUUAUCGGGUUUGCGUGCUGAUGCCGGGGAAGGGAAGCAGGUUGAGGCUUUGACUCAGCUGUGUGAGAUUCUUUCGUUUGGCACUGAGGAGUCCUUGAGUACUUUCUCGGUUGAUUCGUUUGUUCCUGUGCUUGUUGGGUUCUUGAAUUAUGAGGACAAUCCUGAUAUUAUGUUGUUAGCUGCUCGGGCUAUUACCCACUUGUGUGAAGUUUUGCCUUCAUCUUGUGCUGCUGUUGUCCAUUAUGGUGCUGUUAAAUGUUUUGCUGCUAGGUUGCUUACUAUUGAAUAUAUGGACUUAGCUGAACAGUCCCUGCAAGCUCUUAAAAAGAUAUCCCAGGAGCAUCCUACUGCGUGUUUGCGAGCUGGUUCUCUUAUGGCUGUACUUUCUUAUCUUGAUUUUUUCUCCACUGGUGUACAGCGGGUGGCAUUAUCCACUGCUGCAAACAUGUGCAAGAAACUCCCUUCAGAUGCAGCUGAUUUUGUAAUGGAAGCAGUUCCUCUGUUGACCAAUCUUCUUCAGUAUCAUGAUGCAAAGGUGUUGGAGCAUGCUUCUGUUUGUUUGACCCGAAUUGCUGAAGCUUUUGCUUCAUCACCAGAACAAUUGGAUGAGCUAUGUAAUCAUGGAUUGGUUACACAGGCUGCCUCUCUAAUUUCUACCAGUAAUUCUGGAGGUGGGCAGGCAUCUCUAAGCUCACCUACAUAUACGGGCUUAAUCCGACUGCUGGCCACAUUUGCAAGUGGAUCCCCCCUUGGAGCCAAAACUCUACUUCUGCUUGGAAUCAGUGGCAUUCUCAAAGAUAUACUAUCAGGUUCUGGUGUUUCUGUCAAUUCAUCUGUUCCUCCAGCUUUAAGUAGACCGGCAGACCAGAUUUUUGAGAUUGUCAACCUUGCAAAUGAGCUUCUCCCUCCACUCCCACAAGGAACAAUAUCUCUCCCUGCCAGCUCCAGUGUUUUUGUGAAAGGGCCUGUGGUGAAGAAGUCACCUUCAAGCAGUUCUGCCAAACAAGACGAGGUAAAUGGAAAUCUUGUUGAGGUUUCAGCUAGGGAAAAAUUGUUAAGAGAUCAGCCAGAGCUGUUGCAGCAAUUCGGAAUGGAUCUUCUUCCUGUUCUAUUACAGAUAUAUGGCUCAAGUGUCAACAGUCCUGUUCGCCACAAAUGUCUUUCAGUUAUUGGAAAGUUGAUGCAUUUCAGUAGUGCAGAGAUGAUUCAGUCUUUAUUGAGCGUCACAAACAUAUCCAGUUUCUUAGCUGGUGUACUAGCAUGGAAAGAUCCCCAUGUUUUGAUUCCUGCCCUCCAAAUUGCUGAAAUUCUUAUGGAAAAGCUUCCUGGAAUGUUCUCCAAGAUGUUUGUUAGAGAGGGUGUGGUUCAUGCCAUUGAUCAACUUGUCUUGGCAGGAAAUCCAAGUAGCACUCCUGCCCAAGCAUCUGCUGAGAAGGAUAUUGAUAAUGUAUGUGGAAUAUCAUCUCGCACGAGGCGUUCUAAACGUCGCAGUGGUAGUUCAAAUACUGAAGGAAAUUCAUUCCAAGAAUCCAAAAAUCCUGUUUCCACCAUGGUUGGGUCACCUCCAACUUCAAUUGAAAUCCCAACUGUGAAUUCCAGCAUUCGGACGGCCGUCAGUACAUGUGCCAAGUCUUUCAAAGACAAGUAUUUUCCUUCAGACCCUGGGGCAUCUGAAGUUGGGGUUACUGAUGAUCUCUUACAUCUAAAAAAUCUUUGCUUGAAGCUUAAUGUUAGUGUCGAUGACCAAAAGACUAAAGCAAAAGGAAAAUCUAAAGCUUCUGAGUCUCACGGUGUUGACGGUUCUUCUAAUAAAGAAGAUUAUUUGAUUGGUAUAAUAUCUGAGAUGCUGGCAGAAUUAAGGAAAGGGGAUGGUGUAUCCACUUUUGAGUUCAUUGGAAGUGGUGUGGUAGCAGCCUUGCUGAACUAUUUUUCUUGUGGCUACUUCUCAAAGGAGAGAAUUUCAGAAGCUAAUCUGUCCAAGCUUCGUCAACAUGCACUUAGAAGGUUUAAGUUAUUUGUUGAUCUUUCUCUUCCUUCUAUUGUCAAUGGGGAGAGUGAAGCACCCUUGACUGUCUUAGUUCAGAAGCUUCAAAACGCCCUGUCGUCCUUAGAACGUUUUCCUGUAGUUCUUAGUCAUUCAUCUAGGUCUUCCACUGGAGGGGCACGUCUCUCAUCUGGAUUAAGUGCACUAUCUCAGCCUUUUAAGCUACGGCUCUGUCGAGCCCAGGGUGAAAAAUCUCUCCGCGAUUAUUCUUCCAAUGUAGUUCUUAUUGAUCCAUUGGCUAGUUUAGCAGCUGUUGAGGAGUUCCUUUGGCCCAGAGUUCAGCGAAGUGAAUCUGGUCAAAAGCCAUCAGCAUCUGUGGGAAAUUCUGAAUCAGGGACUACUACUGGAGCUGGUGCAUCAUCUCCAUCCCCUUUAACUCCAACCACUCGUCGUCACUCUUCAAGAUCCAGAUCAUCUGUUAAUGUCGAUGCAGCUAAAAAGGAGUCAUUGCUGGAGAAAAAUGCAAGUUCAUCUAAGGGUAAGGGAAAAGCUGUUCUCAAGCCUGCUCUGGAGGAGGCAAAAGGACCUCAAACUAGAAAUGUGUCUCGUAGAAGAGCAGCCCUUGAUAAAGAUGCACAGAUGAAAUCAGUGAAUGGGGAUACUAGCUCUGAGGAUGAGGACUUGGACAUAUCUCCUGUGGAGAUUGAUGAUGCAUUGGUGAUGGAAGAUGAUGAUAUCUCUGAUGAUGAAGAUGAUGAUCAUGAAGACGUAUUGAGAGACGAUUCUCUACCUGUUUGCAUGCCGGACAAAGUACAUGAUGUUAAGCUGAGCGAUGCUCCUGAUGAUAGCACUGGUGCACCAGCAACAAGUGAGAGCCAAAGUAAUCCUGCUUCUGGUUCUAGCAGUAGAGCAGCUAAUGUUAGGGGAUCAGAUUCUACAGAUGUCAGGGGUGGUAGCUCUUAUGGUUCGAGGGGUGCUAUGUCAUUUGCUGCAGCUGCAAUGGCCGGUCUUGGAACUGCCAAUGGUAGAGGUAUCAGAGGAGGCAGAGACCGGCAAGGGCGACCUCUGUCUGGUAGUUGCAAUGACCCUCCAAAAUUAAUAUUUAUUGCAGGAGGGAAGCAGUUAAAUAGGCAUUUGACAAUCUACCAGGCGAUUCAACGGCAGCUUGUGCUGGAUGAGGAGGAUGAUGACAGGUAUACUGGCAGUGAUUUCGUAUCUAGUGAUGGAAGCAGACUCUGGAGUGAUAUAUAUACCAUUACUUACCAGAGGGCAGAUGGCCAACCUGAUAGGCUUUCUGUUGGGGGCUCAAGUUCCGCCACUCUACCAAAGUCCACAAAAACUGGUUCUUCAAAUUCGAAUUCUGAUGGCCAGUUGCAUCGGAUGUCACUUCUAGAUAGCAUCUUGCAAGGAGAGCUUCCUUGUGAUUUGGAGAAAUCCAAUCCUACUUACAAUAUAUUGGCACUGCUUCGUGUAAUAGAGGGUUUGAACCAGCUGGCACCACGUCUAAGAGCCCAGUUAUUGUCAGAUAAUUUUGCUGAGGGUAGAAUUUCAAAUCUGGAUGAGCUUAGUGCUUGUGGUGGUAAGGUUUCAGCUGAAGAAUUUGUUAACAGCAAGCUCACUCCUAAAUUAGCUCGCCAGAUUCAGGAUGCUCUUGCAUUAUGCAGUGGUAGUCUUCCAUCAUGGUGUUACCAGUUGACGAAAGCAUGUCCGUUCUUGUUUCCUUUUGAGACUCGUAGACAGUACUUCUAUUCUACUGCUUUUGGAUUGUCCCGGGCAUUGUAUCGUCUUCAGCAGCAGCAGGGUGCUGAUGGUCAUGGAUCAGCAAAUGAAAGAGAGGUGCGAGUCGGGAGGUUACAACGCCAGAAAGUACGUGUUUCUCGAACCCGUAUUUUGGAUUCUGCUGCAAAAGUAAUGGACAUGUAUUCUAGUCAGAAGGCUGUGCUUGAAGUAGAAUAUUUUGGUGAAGUUGGCACGGGUUUGGGCCCUACCUUAGAGUUCUACACACUUUUGAGUCAUGAUCUACAGAAAGCUUCGCUUGGAAUGUGGAGGUCAAAUCCAUCAUCUGAAAAUCCAUCAUCUGAAAAUCCAUCAAUGGAAAUUGAUGAAGAUGGAAAAACAAAUGGAAAAUUCGAUAAUUCUUCUGAUGCUGUGGGCAAUGUUGAUGUUGUCCAAGCUCCACUUGGUCUAUUUCCUCGCCCUUGGCCUCCAAGUACUGAUGCUUCUGAGGGUAGCCAGUUAGGUAAGGUUGUUGACUAUUUCCGGCUGGCUGGUCGUGUGAUGGCAAAAGCUCUUCAAGAUGGACGCCUUUUGGACUUGCCACUUUCCACAUCAUUCUAUAAGCUUUUGCUUAAUCAAGAGCUUGAUCUAUAUGAUAUUCUCUCUUUUGAUGUGGAAUUCGGGAAGGUUUUGCAAGAACUUCAUACCCUUGUCUGUCGGAAACGUUUCUUAGAAUCUUCAGGAACUGAUAAUCAGUAUGCAAUUUCGGAUUUGCGUUUCCGCGGGACAACAAUUGAAGAUCUGUGCUUGGAUUUCACCCUUCCUGGUUAUCCUGACUACAUUUUGAAGCCUGGGGAUGCAACUGUUGAUAUAAAUAACUUGGAGGAGUACAUAUCUUUGGUGGUUGAUGCAACUGUGAAGACUGGCAUUACACGACAGAUAGAAGCAUUUAAAGCUGGAUUUAAUCAGGUUUUUGACAUCUCGUCAUUACAAAUAUUUUCUCCGCUAGAAUUGGACCAUCUGCUUUGUGGACGUCGAGAAUUAUGGGAGCCUGACACCCUUGUUGAUCACAUCAAAUUUGACCACGGAUACACUGCAAAGAGUCCUGCAAUCAUUAAUUUACUUGAGAUUAUGGGAGACUUCACCCCGGAGCAACAGCGUGCCUUCUGCCAAUUUAUUACUGGUGCACCAAGGUUACCACAUGGUGGUCUAGCAGUUUUAAAUCCAAAAUUAACAAUUGUGAGGAAGGCGGCAACAAAUGGAACUGCAGCCUCAGAAUUGGCAGAUGAUGACCUACCUAGUGUCAUGACCUGUGCUAAUUAUCUGAAACUUCCGCCAUACUCGACCAAGGAAAUUAUGCUCAAGAAACUACUAUAUGCAGUCAGUGAAGGACAGGGAUCUUUUGAUUUGUCCUGAAUUUUGACUAACGGGUUGAUGACUGUAUAUUUUAUUACAAGACUUGGAAGGUUGCUCUUUUUCCUGGAUUUAAUUUGAUAUAGGAAGUAGCAGAUGUUCAGCUCAAUAAUGCCUUCUUCUUUUUGGUGGUCCUAGAAACUAGUGGGUGUCAUUAAGGUUGGACUGCCGCAUUUUCAUGCUGUAAAGAGGGACAUGCGGAGGGCUUGUUCAGCUGCUAAUGCCUGUAAAUAAAUAGAAAUUUAAUUUUUUGUUUUUGUUUUUCCAACCCCAUAUUCAGUAGGAUAUAAAUGAUGUCUGCCAUGAAACAUGGAAUGGGAAAAUAAAACAUUCAAAUGCUAAUACCUUAUUAUUUUCGUUUCUUUAA